AGAAGCAAUUGCAGUCAAGGUUGAAUGCCAAUGCUUUUCUGUUCUGGGCAUGUUUCAUUGGCAAGGUGAACACAGAUCCAGCCCUGCUGAAGGUAAAUGGGGCGGGAAGAGAUGCUAGUCCCUCCUCCGCUGCUUACCUGGUGUUCCUUUCAGGUUUAGCCUUUCCCCUUCCAACACAACUCCUGUGUGUUUAUUAACUAACUGCCGCUCAGGGAGACAUUUGCCAGGGAAAAGAAUGGAGCCUUUUGUACAAAGACCAGCCAUCUGAGCCGGAUUUCCUCCUAAGGCUCCCUCUGGCACCAAAGAAGAGCCUUCUAGCCUGAACAGGAAGGACUGCAUGCUGUGGAAUCUUGCCUUUUCAGUCUUUCUUACUGGGGACCCCAGAGUCUGGGGUCCUGAUGCCAUCCUGCAGGCUUCUGCAUACCUUGAAAAUGGAAUAAUUUCAUGCUGGCUUGUAAAGAUUGUUUGGUUCAAAGGAAAACGUGGUUCUUCUACUGCACGAUUUCCUAACAGGUGGUUCCACCGUGACCUGAGUGGCAUAGAUGCUGAGGCAUUACUCAAAGCACGAGGAAUUCAUGGCAGUUUUUUGGCUCGCCCUAGCCGGAAGAACAAAGGGGAUUUUUCCCUUUCUGUCAGAGUUGGUGAUCAGAUAACCCACAUACGUAUUCAGAAUACAGGAGAUUUUUAUGACCUCUAUGGAGGAGAGAAGUUUGCCACUUUGUCAGAGCUGGUGGAAUACUACACCCAGCAACAAGGAUCCCUGCAAGAUAAAGAUGGAACCAUUAUAGACCUGAGAUAUCCACUGAACUGCUCCGAUCCCACUACAGAAAGUCCAAGAUGGUUAACCAAAAUUGGCAGAUGGUGGAGCCCAAUUCAUCAAAUAUCCACUAGCGAGGAAUGAGGUUGUCUGCUAUCAGGCCUGUCUGCUGCUACACAGCCCUGAGCUGAAACAUACAUGUAAACCUG